AUGACGAGCAGUACCAGUGAUUGGCACAAAAUAGCGGUGGUGCGGGACCCUCUCGAGAAAUUUGUCUCCGGAUUUGCGGAUAAAUGCCUCAGGGAGAAGACCUGGAAGAAGUUCCCGAAUCGCUGUAACAGGUGUAAGUCGAACCUAAAGUGCUUCAUGGAACGACAGUACGCACGGCUGUUGAGACGUGCUAAAGGAGUCCACUCCCCUACAAACUUCGACGACGAUCACUUUUCCCCACAAAACUGGUAG